UUUAUUAUUUCGGAGUAUAUAUGAAAAAAAAAAGUUUGUAAAUAUGUGUCACGUGUCACCAUAUAUUAUGUGAAUUUAGCCAACCAAAUUAUAGUGAAAUUGGAUAAUUAAGAUGACUACUCCCCUUUACAUUUUACACCAUAGUUAGUCUAUACCAAACAAGACUUUAAAUAAUGAAUUUGGACUAACAUGUCUCGCCCAUAUUCUAUGGAGUCAAAAACAGACUUACAACCUUACAACCGUCAUCUCCAAACAAACGGUUCAUCACUCAACCCACUAACUUUGUUUUAAUUUUUUUUUUUUUUAAAUUACAAAAUCCAAUCAACCCCACCAAAAAAAAGUAAAAAAAAUAAAAUAAAGGUAAAAAAACGGCAAUAUUAGUUUGAAGGGAGAAAGUCUCUAAUUUAACUCCCUCUUUCCCUUCCAUCUCUGUCUCUCUCUCCAAUUUCUCAUCAUAUUCGCCAACUUCCAUGCUCUUCUUUCUUGCCACAUUUACACAAUUAUAUUCUUUUUUAUUUUUAUUUUUUAUUUAUAUAUAUUUAUAAUCCGAUUUUCUAGGGUGUUUAAAUAGAGUGAUCAUAAAAAUUUGAUGGUUAAUUAAGUAGCCAUUUUCCAAUUAUAUAACUUCCAACACCAAAAUUAUACUCCGAUGCGGCAAGAGAAAAGCAUUUAUGGAGAAACUCCAAACAAGAAUAGUAUGAAGGGAUUAAAGGCUUUACUUUCUAAUCACUCUGAUGAUAUCUUCUCUGAUCAUGAACUCGCUCUUCGUAAAGCUGAUGAAGCAGCUGCAAGAAGGUAUCAAGCAACCGGAUGGCUAAGGGAAAUGGACCAAGUAGCAAGGGACACCCUCUCAAAGAACCCUUCCGAACAAGACUUUUGUAUGGCCCUCCGCAAUGGUCUCAUCCUUUGUAAUGUCCUUAACAAAGUUAAUCCUGGUGCUGUCCUCAAGGUUGUGGAUAAUCCAGUAGUGGCAGUGCAGUCCCCGGAAGGAGCAGCACAGUCAGCCAUUCAGUACUUUGAAAACAUGAGGAAUUUCUUGGUAGCUGUUGGCAAUAUGAAGCUAUUGACGUUUGAAGCCUCUGACUUGGAAAAGGGAGGUUCUACAAGUAAAGUUGUGGACUGCAUUCUUUGCCUAAAAGGCUAUUAUGAGUGGAAACAAGCUGGUGGAAUUGGAGUGUGGAGGUAUGGUGGAACUGUGAGGAUCACUUCCUUCUCAAAAGACUGCUCCUCCUCUUCAGUUGGCAGUGAAAGUGCUGAUGAUUCAUUGUCGUCGUUUGAUGAAUAUGAAUCAUUACAAUACGAGCAGCUGUCAGAAUUUCUUCGUCUUUAUAACAAGGUGUCAAACAACGAAACAGAAAUAGCAAAAGCAUUGUGUAUUCUCUUUGAUCGCUAUGGACUUGGGAUAUUGCAAGCUUAUGUCAGUGAGAAGAAUGGAAUAGAGGAUUUACCUUUGAAUUCAAUGGUAAUAGAUACUGUGAUUCAUAAGGUUGUCAAGGAUUUUUCUUCAGUGAUUGUGACUCAAGGUCUUCAGCUUGGGCAUAUGUUGAAAAAAAAGUUGAAGAGUGAGACUACAUCUUUUACACAUGAAGAGUUCUUGGAAGCAAUUUCACGGUAUCUUGGCAACAAGAAGACUGUUAUGAAGUCUAAUGAUGCAGCGGAAUGUUGCAUUUGUGGGAGAAGAAAAGAAAUCAGUGAUUCUACGAGCUACAAGGAAGUAGUAGAUGAGCAACAUAAGCAACUUGUGGAACUCAAGUCAUCUUUUAAAGAAACAAAAGAUGAAGUGAAUAGGGCUCAAUUACAAUGGGAUGCAGAAAUUAAAAAACUAGAGAAUCACGUGAGGAGUCUUGAGGUCGCGUCAUCUUCUUACUAUAAGAUUCUAGAAGAAAACCGUCAGCUUUACAAUCAAGUGCAAGACUUGAAAGGAUCAAUUAGAGUUUACUGUCGAGUAAGACCAUUCUUACAAGGCCAAUCUGAUGGGGUAUCAACUGUUGAUCAUAUUGGAGAAAAUGGAAAUAUAAUGAUUGUCCAUCCUCACAAACAAGGGAGGGAUGCAAGAAAGGUCUUCUCGUUUAACAAAGUAUUUGGAACAAAUGCAACCCAACAGCAAAUAUAUGCAGAUACCCAAUCAUUAAUUAGAUCAGUUUUAGAUGGUUUCAAUGUUUGUAUCUUUGCUUAUGGACAAACUGGCUCCGGGAAGACAUACACUAUGAGUGGCCCUGAUUUAACAGCAGAAGAUUCUUGGGGUGUCAACUACCGAGCAUUGCAAGACCUAUUUCAAAUUUCGAAAUCUAGAGUUGACUUAAUUGAAUAUGAUAUUGGAGUCCAGAUGAUUGAAAUAUACAAUGAACAAGUCAGAGACCUCUUAGUUGUUGAUGGCACUUCUAGAAGGUUAGAUAUUCGAAACAAUUCUCAGCUCAAUGGUCUCAAUGUACCUGAUGCAUGUUUAGUCCAAGUUAAUUGCACCCAAGAUGUCCUUGACUUGAUGCGGGUUGGCCUAAAGAAUCGUGCUGUGGGUGCAACUGCUCUGAAUGAAAGGAGUAGCCGAUCUCACAGUAUUUUAACUAUCCAUGUCCAAGGAAAAGAGUUGAUCUCUGGGUCCAUUUUGAGGGGAUGUCUUCAUCUGGUGGAUUUAGCGGGCAGUGAGAGAGUCGACAAAUCUGAGGCUAUUGGAGAAAGGCUGAAGGAAGCCCAACAUAUAAAUAAAUCACUUUCUGCACUUGGGGAUGUCAUCUCUGCUCUUGCUCAGAAGAGUGCUCAUAUUCCCUACAGGAAUAGCAAGCUUACUCAAGUCUUGCAAGACUCUCUAGGAGGCCAUGCUAAAACUUUGAUGUUUGUGCAUAUUAAUCCUGAAUCUAAUGCUAUCGGAGAGACAAUAAGUACCCUUAAGUUUGCAGAGAGGGUUGCCUCUAUAGAACUUGGAGCUGCUCGAGCUAACAAAGAAACUACUGAACUUCGGGACCUCAAAGUUGAGAUCGCUAAUCUGAAAUCAACAUUAGAGAAGAAAGAAACAGAACUGGAAAAUCUGAAGUGUGCCAAUGUAAGAAGUAAUUCUGAAACUCAAAAUGCAAGAGCCAUUUCACCAAUGCAUGUGCCAAGGCUUGUGCGACCAGUUGAUGACAAAGCCUUUGAGGUCAGAAGCUGUUCUUCAGGGAAGCAGAGGAGGUCGCAUUUUCCCUCUGGGUUAAAGGAACAUGAGACCAUGCCAAAGAUGCCUUUCAUAGCUGAAGAAAAGCUUAUAAAGCCUGGAAAUCCAAGGUCUCCGUCUCCUCCUGUGAGGAGAUCAAUGUCUACUGACCGAGGGGCUCUCAUUAGGAGUAGGCUUAAGCCUGAAAUGACAGAAAAAUCUUUCCCGAAGCUUCAAUACCCAGCUAGAGUAUCAGUGAAUAAACCUCUUGGUCCACCAUCAGCAAAUCCAUUAGUUGACCGGCAUGAUGGCAGCAUCACAAGAGGCAACUUAUUAGAUCAGGAGAAUGAACAACUUAAGCCUGUAAAUACAAGGCAAUUGUUGUCAGUGAGGAAAAGCAAGCAUGAUAUCAGCAAAAUUAAGGCCAAGAACCAACCAGCGCCUAGGAUUCCAAAGGUUGAUGAGCCUGACAUUCAUGCAGGAGGAAAGAUUGAGGAGGCUAGAGAGAGUGACAUUUUCGAGCCUGAAAAUGAAAAGGGGUUAUUUGCUUCUCCCGUCUACAGCAGCAAUUCUCGGUUGAGGAAAUUACGGGCCAACUCUACUAAGAGUUCUCAGUGUCUCGAACCAAGAGGACAAGCAAAUGCAGUAGAUUCCGGACAAUUUGAAACCAAACUUCUAAAAGAAAGCAACAAUCCAUCUAUAUCUGGAUUGAGGAGAAGUCAGUCUAUACCGCGUGGAAAGUUUACAGUUUUGCCUUAAAAGACUUUACUAAACUGAUUUUGACAUAUUUUUUUUUUUAAAAAAAUUUCCCCUAUGUACAGUGAUCUGAGUUCAGUAGAAGCAUGCCCAGGUAUUUGUAGUGGCUGUUUGUUGAUGUCUUUGGUUGAGCUUUCAGAAAUUUGAGUUUGACAAGCAAUCAUGCUUGUAUUUUUUUUUUUUAAUUACUUUCUUUAUACCAAUAUUUAAAAUUUUGUGAGCUAUCCAUGUUUUCUCUUCAAGUCCUGCUUCAAUAAUCAAUAUAAUGGAAUAUUUUUCA